ACGCCUUGCCAUUCUGCACGUAAAAUGGUUUCCACUCGGAAUUAGUUAAUGGAGAAGAAUUUUGGCUACUUUUGCUGAAGGGGUUUGCUUUGCUUGCAAGGUCGUUCAGAAUAAGCUCCCUGAACUUUGAACCGUAUCUGCAAAGUGAGAUAAACAAGAGCUGUAUAAAUACCACAGCCCUUUUCCCCACACUGCUUUCUUCUGCAGCGGAGUGGAGCAGAGCUGCCAAGGAGCGGGGAGGGGGGAGGAAAGGAUAAAGCCCAGCCAUGUGGGCAGGGCUGGGGCUAGUUCUGGCUCUCUGCCUCCUCCCAGGAGGAGGGGCAGAGACCCAGAACUGCAAGGAGCCCCCAGAAUGGCAUAUUGGGGAGGAGAACCCCAUGCUGAACUCUAGGGGCUCAGUGACAGUGGUGGCUCUCCUCCAAGCUAGCUGAUACUUGUGCCUGCUGCAGGCUUCCAGACUGGAGGACCUGCGAGUGAAGUUGGAGAAUGAAGGGCUGGUCAAUAUCUCGUAUGUGGUUGUCAACCAUCAGGGAGCUCAUUCCCAGAGGAAAUUCCACCUACUGAAGGAAAGUGUUUCAGACUACAUUACUGUCUACCAGCAAGAUGAACAGCAACCUGAUGUCUGGACUACCUUAAAUGGAAGCAAAGACGACUUUCUCAUUUAUGACAGAUGUGGCCGUCUGGUGUAUCACCUGGGCCUGCCCUACUCCUUCCUGUCUUUCCAGUAUGUAGAAGAAUCGAUUAAGGUUGCCUACUGUGAAAGCAAGUGCGGGAACUGCUCUUACACGGAACCCGAUAUUGAUGGUGUAUGUGAGAACAUCACUAAAAGUGUGGAUGAAAAGCUGGCGGAGAUAGAACCCAAACCAUCUGGUCACCAUUCACACCACCACCGUGGGCACGGGCACGGGCACGGGCAGGGGCACAGGCACCGGCACCACCACCACCGCGGGGGCAGUCGUCAUUCCAAAAAUGAGGACCAUCAGGCUUCUUCUGAAAGUCAUAGACACCACCCUCACAGCGGUCGGCGUCACAGAGUUUUCGGUCAUAGCAGACACGAUCAGGCAGGUAGUCAGGAACAGGUAGACCCCGCUCCUCCAGGAGAAAGUGUGGAAAUUCCACAAGAUAAAAGGCUGUGAAAAAAAGGGAAAACCAGCUGUAAAAACCAGCUAACUUGAAAUUGGCAGACAGCAUCAGACUCCGCUUUGAGUAGCUGAUGCUGUCAUUGCCGACACCUUUUGUUUGAGGAGCUGGGAAACUCUGUCACUUGACAGUGUCGUGGAGCACUUCCAAACUCCUGCAGGUGACACGGGCAGCUGUCAGCAGAGGACAUCACUGAAUCUUGACAGUGACGUCUGCUCACUGCUGCCUGACAGUCACCGGCAGCAGGAGCCAGUGAAGCCAGCGACACCUGACAGUGAGAGGAGAAGGCAAGAAACUGAGCCUGAGAAACAAACUAAGCACCUUGAAAAAUGCAAGGGAGUCCUGCUGCCUAAAUUCGUACAGUUGUGAGAGUGGAAAAAUGAACAGAUAAAGCGUUUUCAUUGCCCCCAAUUAAAAAUUACACUACGACAGGUGUGUAGAGUUAAAAUAUUGAAGAAGAAUUAAAGAGCAGCGCUCAUACAAUUACGCAACACCUGCCAAAUUCCAUCAGUGAAAAGCUUCAUAAUUUAGAGGAAUUUAAUUGACCUGCAGUUUGUUUUUCAGUCGCACAGGGAAGGUGUCUGCAUUCUUGAUUAAUUUGUCUGUCUUGUUUCUCUUCUAAACGUUCUGCUUGCAUUUGUGAGGGCAGGAGCGUAAACUAUGACCUAGGGGCUCCUGUCUGAUGUUUUGCAAUCAGGAACAGAAGAUAACCAAAGCAGAUAUUUUAAUCAUCUUUAUUAAGAAGAUGGACUACAUUCAGAAGUUGUGUUAUUUUUUUGUUGUUGUUUUUCUCUUAACUUGGGGAUACAGAUUAUUUACAAGAACAGUUUAUUCCUAAGCAACGUGUGAAAAUAACUUUUUAUCUCAAAUGUAAGAUACAAACAGUAAUUGCAUUAUUUUAAAGUAACAGAUUAAAUGCUUAACUUUUGUCAUUUAGAUAUGGUAUCAGGGUCCAUUAAUACAUACUACUACAGCUUGUAAAAUCCCACUAAAUCAGUAAGAUGGUGCCUAAAGUGAGACGAAGCAUUAACAACUCUUUGUGCAAAAUCAGUAUCAAGAGGAGGGAGGGGCAGAACAAAUUUAAUCUCGGUUUAAUGUCUGUCUUUGUAACAGUGCUGAAUUUGAUAAAUCUGUAUUGAUUAGUGAGGUAAUAUACACCACUUAAACUUCAGUAACUUCACUGUCUGUAGCUUAGCAUUCCUAACCUUUGAGUAACUGAGCUGAAGUAAAAAUGUAGUUGUUCGAAGGAUUCUUGGACGAAGAACAGACUAUUCAAGAAAGGGAAACUGCUUUGAAAGCAUACACCAUAAUUAAUGAUGGUUUAAUAGGGAAAUAUUUACUCCUACGAAACCUGAAUCCUUUUAUUGUGAAUGCUGAUUAGCAAGGAAGUAGCCCUGAAUAUACACAGAAUGCAUGCCUUCGGAAUAUCUGACAAGAGUGUUUUCAAUAAAAAAUAUUCUGUA